GGACGGCAUGGUUGCGCUCCUCAACUACCGCGAGGACGGUACCACCCCAUACUUUUCUUUCUUCAAGCACGCUCUCAAGGAGGAGAAGCUUUAAAAUGUCGGUUGGAUCAUAGAUUUAUACAAAAAGCCAUUCGCUCUAAUUCCCACCGACAUCUAGUCAUAAUUGCUGCUGGUCUCAGCCCACGGCCCAUGCUGGCAAGUCACGAUGAAGACGCAAGCUUGAGAUCUGCUAGGAGUCAAGCUCCUCCACACAUUGCUGUUCUCUCUGGGGGUUCAGGCGGUAAUAGCCUUGUUCAACCGCUCGCUCGCAUCACAGAUACAGUCAGCUACAUCUUGCCCAUUAGUGACAAUGGCGGCAGUACUUCUGAGAUCCUUCGCGUUCUUGGCUCUGUCAGCGUCGGAGACCUACGAUCUAGGCUUGUCCGUCUCAUACCGGACACUGACCGCAACGGUCGUCCAAAUCCCACAAAGACAUUGCUAGCGUACCGUUUGCCGGUUGAUACACAUGCAGCACGUCACGACUGGCUUGACUUGCUUGAUGGUCGACAUACACUAUGGAGAGACGUGCAUGUCGAUGUCCAACGCUCCCUGACUGCCUACCUACGCGUCUUUUACAGCGAAAUCCUCAAACGCACCGCAGGCCUCGCUCGAGUCUUCAACUUUAGCACAGCAGCAUUCGGCAACCUCGUCUUAUCCGGCAUGGUUCUCUUCUUCGGUCAUAUGGAAACGGCAAUUUUCACAUUCUGCAGACUCACCCACAUCAAUGAACAUACCCGGGUGUUGCCUAUACUCAGUACACGCUUCACAACGCCCAUCGCAGCAGUCUUGCAAGAUGGUACCGUCAUUGCUGGUCAAAAUGCAAUUUCUCAUCCGGCAGCCUACAGUGCCAUUGAGUCAAACUUGCCAUCGCCUGAAGACGACGAUGCAAAUCUACCUGGCUCACUCGCCUCACUACGUGCGCCGGGCAUCAUUUUCGAUAAACAAGUCGCGGUACCGUUACCGUCCCCAAUCGAACGCAUCUACUAUAUUAACCCAUAUGGCCAAGAAAUGCAUCCACAAGCGAAUCCAAACGUCCUCCAGGACCUUGCUCAAGCGGAUGCAUUGGUGUAUGCGCCUGGCUCUCUGUAUACCUCCCUAGCACCUUUACUCCUACCAGCUGGGAUAGGCAAAGCCAUUCAACAACUACAAGUACAGCGUAGACCGCGUAUAUUUCUGCUGAAUGGAUCGCUUGAUCGAGAAACACCAGGAUAUUCUUGUUGGGACUUCCUCGUUGCAGCAGCAAAAGCAGCAGGGUUGACAGAUGGCUUGGACAGCGCUACGACUGAGUCUGGUCUUCAAGCACUUUGUUCGCAUCUCGUCUAUAUUCGACAAGGAGACAGUCUAGAGCCUGGUACGAGCCCAGAAAUUGACUUGGCACAGCUUCGCGCACUCGGUAUCGCCACGGUCUCUUGUGCAGGACGUUGGGAGGGUCAGGUACGUGUAUACCAGCUAGGCGAUCGACCCUCCAUCAUCUUGGUCGCGUACCUGCGUCCGAAAGCUAGGAACUAGUGGCAUUAAUUGUAUGGAUUGCGCAUGUCCAAGGCUCUCUGCAGCUAGCGCCAUCGAACGAUAUCAUCCUAGGCCUACACAUCAUGAAGCAGGCUUU